UUCUAAGGCAAAAUAAGAGUAAAUUUUCAAAGCGAUUUGUGAAAUAUUCUGUUCGAAAUUGCAAUGCAAUUAGUCGGUCGUACAAUUUUCAUUGCCGUGUGCAUUUUAAGUGCCUACGCCAUACCCAACUAUAUCGAUGUAAAGGCAUCUGAAAACGAAAAUAAUGGCGUCCUUGGAUUGUUGGUCGCUCAGAUGCGCUCCGCGCUAAUUGAUACUCGUGCUCUGACACCAGCAGAGACUACAUGCGCCACGAAUUACAAUAAUCGUACACAACAAAUCAACAAUCUUCUCACCACUCAGACUAAUGCCUGUUUCGAGAAUGCCAAUCGUACUUUAAUGUCCAAUAAGAAGAGUGCAAAUAAAACUAUUACAAGUAUACGUAAGAGUUUAAACAAAUUGCAACAACAAUUGGCCAACUGUUCAUCAGUAACAGAGGCGGAGAAAUUUAUCAACUGCACCACUAAUUUGUUCGAUGAGAGCUUACAUCUGCUGGACACUGUCAAUUCAAAAGCUUACCAAGUGGAGGCACAAAUUGCCGCCAAUCAGUCGCAAGUAUUUGUAGUGCGUAGUGCAUGCGUCAGCGCUGUCAUCAGCGGUGGCAAGGCUAAUCUGACUCAAACUGCCAACGACUACCAGCUAUGUUUGGGCAACAUAUCAGAUUCCUAUCUGCACGAUAAAUCGAUUGAGUUGCUGGAUUAAAUGCGAAAUAAAAAAAUUAAGAAGAAAACUUUAACUGACUUGAGGAAUAUUACAA